UGCCAUUAGCUGAGAAGAUUUUCUGCGGGAUUAGAGAGGGUGCCCCACCCCAAGUCUUCCUGGUCCCCUUCCCUCAGCCCGGAAAUUGCAUGGGCUGGAACUAAGAGAGUUAAAAGCUGUGUCAGCUGCCUGUCUGGGGCAGACAGACAGAAGGAGGGGGACAGGUGGGGCAGCAUGACAGGUGGCUGAGAAGCCAGGUGGACAGUGGGAGAGCUGACUGGCGGGGUGGCCAGUGGAUGACAGGACAGGCAGGUGGUGGACAGACAGAUAGCAGAGGCAGACAGGCUGGAACUGUGACAGCUACAUGGAGGCCCCAGCAAGCAGGGGGACAAGGACCUGGAGGUGGCUCACCCUGGGCUCCAGCAUCCUGUUGCUCGUGUGUGUUUCUGGGCUCAGCCAACCGGCCACAGAGAAGAUUAUUAAAGGCAAGGAGUGUGCCCGUCACUCACAGCCUUGGCAAGUAGGGCUGUUUGAGGGCACCAGUCUGCGUUGUGGGGGGGUCCUCACUGGCCGCAGAUGGGUCCUCACAGCUGCUCACUGCAGUGGCAGCAGGUACUGGGUGCGCCUGGGGGAGCACAGUCUUAGCCGUCUGGACUGGACGGAGCAGAUCCGACGCAGCGGCUUCUCCGUGACCCACCCCGGCUACCAGAGAGCCGGGCACAGCCAUGACAAUGACCUCCGGCUCCUGCGACUGGGCACACCCGUCCGCUUGACCCGCAGCGUCCAGCUCCUGCCCCUGCCCACCACCUGUGCAGCGGCUGGCACCAAGUGCCACAUCUCAGGCUGGGGCAUCACCAAUCAGCCAGGGAGUAAGGGAGCCUCAGGGUCCGGGCUCAGAACGGGCAAAGUCUGGGAACCAUUCCCGGACCUGCUCCAAUGCCUCAAUGUCUCCAUCGUUUCCAGUGCUGCCUGCCAGGCUCUGUUCCCCGGGAAAAUCACGGACAACAUGGUGUGUGCCAGCGGCGCUGAUGGGGCAGAUGCCUGCCAGGGUGACUCUGGAGGACCGCUGGUGUGUGGAGGAGUCCUUCAAGGUCUGGUGUCCUGGGGAACUGUGGAGCCUUGUGGGCAAAAAGGCAUCCCAGGAGUCUACACCAACAUUUGCAAAUAUGUGGACUGGAUCCGGAUGGUCAUGAGGAACAACUACCGAUACUUAGUUCACCUGGGGGAGCACAACCUCCAGCGGCGGGAUGGCUUUGAGCAGAUCCGAACGGCCACCGAGUCCUUCCCCCACCCAGACUUCAACAACAGCCUCCCCAACAAAGACCACCGCAAUGACAUCAUGCUGGUGAAGAUGACGACAGCGGCCUUCAUCACCCGGGCCGUGCGACCACUCACGCUGUCGUCACGCUGUGUCGCUCCUGGCACCCGCUGCCUCAUUUCUGGCUGGGGCACGACGUCCAGCCCCCAGUUGCACCUGCCCCAUACCCUGCGAUGUGCCAACAUCACCAUCAUUAAGCACGAAGAGUGUGAGGACGCCUAUCCCGGCAAUAUCACAGACACCAUGGUGUGUGCCAGUGUUCGGGAAGAGGGCAAAGACUCCUGCCAGGGAGGUCUGGAGGACGCCACGGGGGGCGUCAUCAGGGUAAUGGUGCCCAUCCCUGGUAUUCUGGCCCGAGUCGCCCGUCCCCCUGUCCCUGAAGUCGUCGGCCGCAGGUUUACCUCGGUCCCGGCCAUGAGAUCUCCGCACCUCCACCCCUCCACCGCCUCUGGCCCCCGGGCCCGGGCAAUGCUGCUGCUGCCGCUGCUCGUGACGCAACUCUGGGCCGCGGAGGCGGUGCUGCUCCCCAGAAACGACACCGACUUAGACCUUGUGGCCUCCGGCGCCCCGUGCGCACGCGGUUCGCAGCCCUGGCAGGUCUCCCUCUUCGAUGGCCUCAAGUUCCACUGCGCGGGCGUCCUGGUGGACAAGAGUUGGGUGCUCACAGCCGCGCACUGCGGGAACAAGCCUCUGUGGGCUCGCGUUGGGGACGACCACCUGCUGCUUAUCCAGGGCGAGCAGCUCCGCAGGACCACCCGGCCCAUCGUCCACCCCAAGUACCAGCAUGGCUUGGGCCCCAUCCUGCCGCGGCGGACAGACGAGCAUGACCUCAUGCUGCUGAAGCUGGUCAGGCCGGCUGUGCUGGGGCCUCGGGUCCAGACCUUGCGCCUGCCCUACCGCUGUGCCCAGCCGGGAGACCAGUGCCAGGUGGCUGGCUGGGGCACCACGGCCACCCGAAGAGUGAAGUACAACAAGGGCCUGAGUUGCUCCAGGGUCACUGUCCUGAGCCCUAAAGAAUGCGAGGUCUUCUACCCUGGUGUGGUCACCAACAACAUGAUGUGUGCAGGACUGGACCAGGGUCAGGACCCCUGCCAGGUCCUGGAGAUGAAUCAGCCUGAGCUCUCCCUCAAGGAGCUGCUAGUCAGGCACCCCGAGGUCAUGAGGCUGGGACUCGUCUGUGCUCUGCUUUCUCUCCUGACAGGGCACGGCGGGGCAGAUACCCGAGCAAUCGGGGCUGAGGAAUGCCUCCCCAACUCGCAGCCCUGGCAGGCCGGGCUCUUCUUCCUCACCCGCCUCUUCUGUGGGGCUUCCCUCAUCAGUGACCGCUGGCUGCUCACAGCUGCCCACUGCCGCAAGCGGUAUCUGUGGGUCCGCCUUGGGGAGCACCACCUCUGGAGAUGGGAGGGUCCAGAGCAACUGUUCCGGGUCACGGACUUCUUCCCCCACCCUGGGUUCAACAAGGACCUCAGAGCCCAUGACCAUAAUGAUGACAUCAUGCUGAUCCGUCUGCCCAGGAAGGCACAUCUGGGCCCUGCUGUGCAGCCCCUCAACCUCAGCCAGACCUGCGUCUCCCCAGGCACCCAGUGCCUCAUCUCAGGCUGGGGAGCAGUGUCCAGUCCUAAGGUGCAGUACCCACUCACGCUACAGUGUGCUAACAUCAGCAUCCUGGAGCACAAACUCUGCCAUCGGGCAUAUCCGGGCCACAUCUCUGACAGUAUGCUCUGUGCCGGCCUUUGGGAGGGGGGCCGGGGUUCCUGCCAGGGUGACUCUGGAGGCCCUUUGGUUUGCGAAGGGACCCUGGCAGGUGUGGUGUCUGGGGGUGCCGAGCCCUGCUCCAGACCCCGUCGCCCCGCCGUGUACACCAGCGUAUGCCACUACGUGGACUGGAUCCGAAAGACCAUGGAGGACAACUGA